AUGUCGGGAGUCAGGAACCUCCGCGCCAUGUUUGAGCAGAAGGGCGGCGAGCCGGGAAACAGCCCGCCAGACGACAGAGGUCGCUCCCCAGGUCCCAAUGGACUUGCAUCCUUCGGCUCGCCCACUCCCUCACAAUCUCCCCGCCCGCUGUCCAAAGUGCGAACCAGCUUCGUUGCCGUAGAGAAGGACGGCCGCAUAGGACUCCGACGCGAACCCAGCGGCGACUCCAUCUCCGUGUCCAGCAGGAGGAUGAGCAACGAGACGGAGAGCACCACCCCGGCCGCGCUGCCCGACAAGAGCGACCCCUUCACCGACAGCAUGGCCAAGAACGCCGCCUCGUUCAAGACCAACCUGUCCAACCACCCCAUCCCCGAAUCUCCGAGGCAAGACUCGCCCGCCAGCUUCUCCCCCAAGAAGGGAACCGAGACCCCCGAGGUCACACACGGCCCGAACCCCGACAAGAUCGUGGACGAGGAGGAGACCAGGACCAAGCUCACCCCCGCGGAUCCUACCGUCAAGGCCGCCGUCAAUGGCAAAUUACUCGGCCUUGACGCCGCGACCGAGGCUAAGGACAAGCACAAGGACAAGGCCAAGAGCACUGCUACCGUUGGCAAGCCUGCACCCAGGGCUACCCCUAUUUCCACGUCGUCCAAGGCCGCCGCGAAGCCCUUGAAAUCCCCAUCGGCACCCGCACCCGCACCCAAGGCCCCGGCCAAGGAUGCGGCAAAGGGCCCCGAGAAGAAGCCCGCGGCCCCUGUCUCGAAGGGCGACACCCCCAAGAAGGCUGCCGCGCCAGCCCCCAAGCCAACAACGUCAUCUGGCAAGAAGCCUGCCGCCCUUGAGCUGUCGCCUUCGAGCACUGGCUUUGUCAAGCCGAAACCCAAGUCGCCUACUCGUCCUGUCAAGCUUCCUUCAAGCCUGACGGCCCCUACAGCUGCAUCCGCCUCUAGGUUGGGUGGCUCCAAUGCCGCGGCCCCGAAACAGCCAGCCUCCCACGCGUCCGGCUCCCUGGGUGUCCCAGCUUCGUCCCACCGACCCUCCAGCAGAACCAGCACCUCGACCGCGGGGACAGUUACCGCUGGCAAGACCUUGAAACGACAGAGCUCUACCAUCAACAGGCCAAGACCGAGCUUGGGUCCUCCUCCCAAGCCGGCCGCUAAGGACCACCCUGUCGCCCGGAAGGAAAGCCAAGCAGAUGACAGCUUCUUGGCACGUAUGAUGCGGCCGACGCAGGCUAGUUCAAGCAAGACCCACGACAAGACGACGCCCGUCACGCCACCUCGAAAGCAGAGCGCCCCGUCGACGGUCAAGAAGCCGGCAAGCAGGGAUGGCGAGGGAAGUGCGAAGAGGGCCACGGCCAAGGUCGCCGAGGUGGGCAAGCCCAAGGAAACCAUCAAGAAACCGACUGUAGGCAAGGGGACCCCUGCCAAGGCCAAGGACGCAACCAAGAUGGCAGACACGACCAAAGACACCGCUGCUCCCGCCAUUGCCGAGCCGACAACAAAGGCGGUCGCCCCAGUCGUGGCCCAGGCGGAGAGCGCUGAGGAAGUUAUCGAAGCGGCCGCGAUUUCGAAAGAUACUGCCAUCACUCCCGUCGUGGAAAAGCAGGAGGAGGAGGAGGAGGAGGAGGAGGAGGAGGCCCAAUCUGUGCCGGUUGCGGCAGCAGUGGACAAGCCAGCCGUUGACUCCGCAGAAAAACCACUCUCAAUGGUCGAGGCGCCCGAGGUGACCAAGGAGCCUGCGGUGGCCAAGGAGCCUGCGGUUGUCAAGGAGAGGCCUGCGGAAUCCGCAGACGAGGCCUCAUCGUCCCAGGAGACGGCCGCGGCUGCGGAACAGAGCCCGGCUGCAACCGUACCAGCAGUCACUGCUGACCCAGAAAAGGUGGAGGACAUUGAAGAUGUUAUCCAUCUGAGCUCGGGGAAGCCAGUCGAGGAAGACAAAAACGUCCCUGAGCACACCGACAUACCACUUGAGAAGACGGUCGACGGCGCGAUCAGCGAGGCACCCGCAGCUUCGGAAGAGCCCAAGACCGAGGGCGCCCCAAACACCGAGGAUGUCGAGACAGUGACUGCAUAG